AUGCGUGAUCUGCUAGUUGACAUUCUACUUGAACUGCAAGUUCUGUUGAUUCUUCAGAUAUCUGGCAAGAAAGACCCUCCGAUCAGCUCUUCCAAGAAUAAGUUAAAAACACUCAGCUGGCAAGAACGGCAGAAACUUGAAAGAGAUAGAAAGCAGAAAGAAGAGGAUGAGCAAACAUUAGCAAAAGUGGAAGCUCCAAUACCACGAUCCAACAUCGGGUUUAAGCUGCUCAAACAAAUGGGUUAUACGUCCGGUGCUGCCCUUGGCAAAGAGGGUUUGGGUAGGGCUGAGCCAGUGGGGAUUGAGAUUCGACGAUCACGAGCUGGUAUUGGCUUAGAUGAUCCUCACAAGGAGAAGAGGAAAAAGGAGGAAAUCAUAGCUGAGAAAAAAAGGAGGAAAGAGGAGGAUCUAAUGCAAGACUUUGGGUUGAGACAGAAGUAGCGAUGGCAGAGUAAGAGAGUUGUAGCCAAUUUCCAUAAGGCAAAGGUUGCCCUUGAUCAAUUAGAGAAUAGAGAAAUCAUUGAACCGGAAAAGAAUGAGGAUGAUGAAGAAGAGGAAGAUGAGGAAGAGGAAGAAAUAACAGAAGAGGAUUUGCAAGAAGUUUUGAUGAAACUGAGGGAUGACCACAAUUAUUGCCUCUUUUGUGGAUGCAAGUAUGAAUCAAAGGAUGCUCUCUUGACCAACUGCCCUGGAACCAAUGAAGAUGAUCACUAACUUGAUGGUUUUUGAGAUGAACACCUGACUGUGCUUUGUCAUCUCUCUUCUUUUUUGCCAAGCACUCGUCCUCUUCUGGGGUCGGGUCCUCUUCGUCACCCAGUCGCCCUUGAUUGUUGAAUGAUUAUUUGAUCUUUCUCAAGUUUCCGUAAAAGUUUUGGCCAAGUGGAUCCGAAAAGGAAUUCUUCAUAUAUGCUCACGAGCGACGAGGCUACUACACAUUUUGGCAG